UUCCUGACAAUCACGUGGCAUGGACCACAAGGUCGUGACGGACUACACCCGUGUGACAGCGUGUGAGCAUGUCAAGGUGUACGUCCGAGCGCGGCCUUGCGCCGAUGGAUCGGAGCCAUUUGACGGCAUGUUUGAACGCAAGCGGGAGGCGCCCAAGAACAUCACAAUCAAGGAUGUGGACAAGUCGCAAUACGGUGAACACGCCUUCAGCUUUGACAAUAUUUUUUGGACGGAAACGACGCAAGAGGAGGUGUUCGAGUCGUGCAGUAAGCCAUUGGUCGACUACGCCUUGCGAGGCAUCAACAGCUGCUGCUUUGCCUACGGCCAGACGGGGUCUGGUAAAACGUACAGCAUCUUUGGGGAAACGGGGGAAAAGGACGGGAUCAUUCCGCGGGCGGCCGACUACUUGUUUGAAAUGAUCGAGUCCAACACGAAUGGCCACAAACCCAACAAACCGGUGUAUACGUUGGUCGUGAGCUUUUUGGAAAUUUACUGCGAUCGCAUUCGCGACUUGGGGCGCGAAUACGUGCUGUCUACGAAUCGAACCGUGUCGCUGCAGCAAAGCAGUGGCUCCGACUGGUAUCUGCGCAAUAAAAUCAUGAAGCGCACCGACAGCAAUGCCAGUGUGCAUUCCACGGGAUCUGCCAAGGACGAACCGCGCUUCGACUACGAAAGAGAAAACUUGGAAAUCCACGAAGACGCACAAGGCAUGGUGUAUGUCAAGGACUUGUCCAUGAUUGAAGUGUCCAACCGCGAAGAAGUGAAUGCGAUCGUGCAAAUGGGGCUCACGCUUCGAGCGACCCACGAAACCAAAAUGAACUCGGUCUCGUCGCGGUCGCACACUGUGUUUACGAUUCACAUCUUUCAGCACGACGUGGCGCUGGGGCAAGUGAUGUGCGGAAUGAUGAACUUGGUCGACUUGGCCGGGUCGGAGCGCUUGAAGAAGAGCGAGUCGGACGGACAGCGCCUCAAAGAAGCGCUGCAUAUCAACUCGAGUCUGAGCGCCGUGGGCAAAGUCGUCAUGAGUUUGGACCCGGAAAGCGGCUUCAAUUACAUUCCGUAUCGAGAUUCCAAGUUGACGCGGUUGUUGCAAAAUAGCAUCGGGGGGAAUUCGUACACGUUGCUCAUUGCGACGAUCCACCCAAUGAAAGAGCACUACGAGGAGUGCCUCAACACGAUGCAGUUUGCCAACCGGUGUCGCAUGGUGCAGAACCAGCCCCGGGUCAACUACAUCAGCCAGUCGGGUGGGGACAAGGACAAGCGCAUUCGGAAGCUGCUGGAGGAAAUCGCCAUGCUAAACCGCAAGCUGGAACACAUCAAGAACGAGCAGAACCAGCGCAUGAGCAAUGUCUUGCGGGAGCUCGGCUUCGACGUGAGCGAGUACACGGCCGAGGGGAACGUCCGGCUCAAGGAUGGCACGGUGCUGAUGGCGCAGAGCCCCGACGCCGUGCUCGACAUGCACGGCAACCCAAUUCCUUUCUCCAUCACCGACGAAACCACGCUAGGGGGGCGGCGGACCUCGUUCGACACCGGACGCAAUUUGGAAAUGCGUCGUGCCAUAGACUUUCUUCGCAAAGAGCGCGACCAUAUGAAGCAAAAGGCAGAAGACGUCAAGAGCGUGGUGUUGGCGUCUCAGGUAGAGCUCAAGCGCGAAAAGGACGAACUUCAACGGCAAUUGCAACAACACAAGAAGGAAAUUGCGCGGCUGGAAGGCGUCGUGCAGGAGAAGGACGUGGCGCUGGACCGUAUUCAGGCCAUGGGCAACUCCAAACACAAGGAAGAGAUCAGACACCUUCUCGCGCACAGCCACGAGCUCAACAAGCAUCUGCAUGUGCAGUUUCACGACGCCAAGCCAGCGGCAUUCACACCGUCGUCUGUCCAGCAAUCUGAGCAACUACUGCACGCGCAAUUCCACCAGCGAGCGCUGGCGUUGGAAAAGGGCAAACAAGACGACAUUGCCCUUGUAAAAACGCAGUACGAGUGUCUCCUGACUCGGAAAAGAGCCGAGUGCGACGAGCUCACCAAAAUCUGGAGUGAUAAACUGGCCCAAAGCACCCACCUCUGCGACACGCUCAAGCAAGAAAUGGCCGACUUGUAUGUGUAUGCCAGUCGCCUGUUUGACGCUGCCCAAGGCCCCCCCCAUCGGGGUCACGACGUACUUCCAUGGCCCAAAGCCAUCCUGACCAACCCGAACAAACUCCGCGCGUUCAAAGCCCUCCUCGGCUCUGACCCCGCUGUCCGUGCGCGUGUCACUUGCGACAAGAAGCCACCGCCCCUCAAAGGAGCCCCCACGAGUCCGACGUCUCGACCGGUGUCGGCGCCCGUGCGUCGCCCCAUGAGCGCCGGGUUUGCCACGGCGUUGCGCGGUCGAGUGGUGCGUCAGGCGGAAGAAACAUGUCCCGAACGUCCGGACCACGACGUCGACAGGGGUCAGUUGGUACGCCAAACGUUGCUCAAAUUGUUCUCCGCCAACGGGGAUGUCCUCAUAGAGUGUGGACGAACUUCGUGAACCACAGCGUCGACAGCGAAAUGAUGUGCCACCCUUGGCUACGUCAGAUCAUAAUGCGGAUAUUGUAGCUCUGAAAGCCCGUUUGGACGACGAGAUGCAAAAAAACCGUGCAUUGCGAGCAUCCAACGCAGCGCUCAAGCGACAGCAAGACAAAGCAGCGAUGAACCAGUCGACUGUCAAGGGAAUUCGGCGAGGGGCCAGCAGCAGCAGGGCAGAGGACGCGCGAGUCGAAGAUUAGCUCCAGUCAUAGUGUCCAUUCUCGUCUUGGCCGAAGGAUGUCAAUGUGGUGUUGCCGUACAGUACGUACGUAAAUCUAUGUAAUAUUAGUCUCAAAAGCGUAG